GGGCGCAUGCGCGGACACCGGAGCGAGCUCACGCUGACAGAAGGCGCUGCUUUGACAUGAUACGACAAGGGGGUGAAACUGGGAGACGAUAACCAGUAUUUAGUUUUAAUUAUUACAUUGUUUCCCCCUUAAUGAGGCGAGCUUCCUUUUCGGGGUGAAGACACACAUCCCAUGUCACAUCAGAAUCCGUAAUUUACCUCAUAUUAGAAUAGCUAGGUAUCUUCCCACAGGUUCUCCAUCACAGGAAGAUUAUCUUCCAGGACCAAACAAUUUUUGAGAAAUAGAUAAAAAAUAUCCCGUUUCCUGACAUUCCCACGCACUGUUAUGCAUUUUUCCGUUAGAAAAUUCCUCCUGACACCAGUCAAUUCCAAAUAGUUCACUAGUGAAUGUAUGGCGCACUUUAUUCAAAGCAUUCCUACCACUUGAUAACACUCUCAAUUGAGAAUCCGAGUUAAUACCAGAUACAUGUUCUCUGUCUCACACCGCUAUAGUUUUUAAUGCUAAGACCCUAACUCACUGUGCCUCUCUGGAGACUGGUUCACUUGUAAGUCCUAACCCUCAGCUCUAUCAGCCGAUCCAGAGCACACAAAGAUUUAAGGCGAUAGACACCUAGCGUCUAUCGAUUCAAACGCCGAUUCAAUGGCGACGUGUCGCACAGUCCCUGUUCUCACCCUCACCGUUAGCUGAGAUUCGAAAGCUCAUUGAUUUCCAUCCAGACAGUCACCCUGGCGGAUCCCCAGCAGCCCCGGGAAACCAUGGCGUCCUCGGUGCGUUUCACUGUGACGCCGACCAAAGCCGAGGACGUCCCAGGCCUGUCGGAUGCAUCGCCCGACACGGGCUCACGAGAAAGUGCUCGAGUCCGCUUCGGCUCACGAGAGAGCGUCGACAACAGCGAAGAAACGCCAGACCGAAGCCACACAGAACACGAUGGAAAUUCAAAGAUCUCCAAUGUGUACAUCAAUAACAGUCACACCGUUGACGACGAUGAUUUCUAUGACAGAAACCUGGCGCUGUUCGAGGAAGAGAUGGACACUCGCCCGAAGGUUUCCUCACUUCUCUCACGUCUGGUCAACUACACAAACAUCACACAAGGUGCCCGAGAGCAUGAGGAGGCCGAAAGCAUCGGAGAGAAGCGGAAAUCUAUCAAAUCUCCUCAGAUGGGCACUUUCAUGGGCGUAUACUUGCCUUGCCUGCAAAAUAUAUUCGGUGUUAUCCUCUUCCUCCGACUCACAUGGGUCGUGGGCACGGCCGGAGUUCUGCAGGCUUUGUGUAUCGUCUUCAUCUGCUGUUGUUGUACCAUGCUGACUGCUAUUUCAAUGAGUGCUAUUGCCACUAAUGGAGUGGUACCAGCCGGGGGUUCAUAUUUUAUGAUCUCACGAUCGUUGGGCCCAGAGUUUGGAGGUGCAGUUGGUUUGUGUUUUUACCUCGGUACCACCUUCGCUGGGUCCAUGUACAUCCUUGGAGCCGUCGAAAUCUUGCUGAUGUAUAUAGCGCCAUCAGCUGCCAUCUUUUACUCCCAUCAGCCCGAGGGCGAAGCGGCAGCUAUGUUAAACAACAUGCGUGUGUACGGCUCCAUCUUCUUGGUGUUGAUGUCACUUCUGGUGUUUGUGGGAGUCAAAUACGUGAACAAGUUGGCGUCGCUCUUUUUGGCCUGCGUCAUCAUCUCUAUCGUCUCCAUCUAUACCGGUGCUCUGGUCUCUGCCUUCAGUCCACCUUCCUUCCCAGUGUGCAUGCUGGGAAACCGGAGCAUCUCUAGACACGAGCUUCAUGACGACCUGUGCGCGAAAACCAUCCUGAUCGAAUCUAAAAUCAACAUUAACGAAAGCUUCAAUGGCACAGAAGCCCCUCCUAUUUCCCAAUUAAUCGAGAAGACGACCGAUCUAUGGUUGCGUUUUUGUAAUUCGUCCAAGCCGAACUCAGCGUGUGAUGAGUAUUUCACUCAUAACAACGUCACUGAAAUCGAAGGCAUACCGGGACUCGCUAGUGGAGUGAUAGCAGAGAACAUUUGGAGUUCAUACCAUAGUAAAGGAGAUCUUCUGGAGCGAGGGUCAAACCCCACCCCCAGCUCGGCCUCUACAUACUCCAGCCACCACCUUCCAUAUGUUUUUGUUGAUAUCACCACAUGCUUUACACUGUUGGUGGGAAUCUUCUUCCCGUCUGUGACAGGUAUCAUGGCCGGCUCAAAUCGGUCAGGGGAUCUAAAGGACGCUCAGCGCUCUAUUCCAAUUGGAACUAUACUAGCUAUUGUCACCACCUCCCUCGUCUAUCUGAGCAGCGUGGUGCUGUUUGGGGCCUGCGUGGAGGGGGUGCUUCUCCGAGACAAGUUUGGAGACUCUGUGAAAGGGAACUUGGUUGUAGGCACACUCGCUUGGCCUUCUCCAUGGGUCAUUGUGAUUGGCUCUUUUUUCUCGACAUGUGGCGCAGGCCUUCAGUCACUGACUGGCGCUCCAAGAUUGCUCCAGGCCAUAGCUAAAGAUAACAUCGUCCCGUUCCUCAGAGUGUUUGGUCACGGUAAAGCUAACGGAGAGCCUACAUGGGCUCUGCUGCUGACUGCCUUCAUCGCUGAACUGGGCAUCCUCAUCGCUUCGCUGGAUUUGGUCGCCCCUAUUCUGUCCAUGUUUUUCCUGAUGUGUUAUCUGUUUGUGAAUUUGGCAUGUGCUCUUCAGACUUUGCUGAGAACCCCUAACUGGAGACCUCGUUUUUCCUAUUAUCACUGGACGCUCUCAUUUUUAGGGAUGGUCAUCUGCCUGGCGCUAAUGUUUAUUUCAUCAUGGUACUACGCAAUCGCUGCCAUGGUGAUCGCCGGCAUGAUUUAUAAGUACAUUGAGUAUCACGGGGCUGAAAAAGAGUGGGGGGAUGGAAUUAGAGGUCUCUCUCUGAGUGCAGCUCGUUUCGCCCUGCUUAGACUCGAGGAGGGGCAACCACACACCAAGAACUGGAGGCCUCAGCUGCUGGUCUUGCUGAAGCUAGAUGAAGACGCUCAUGUUAAGUCCCCACGCCUACUGACUUUUGCCUCUCAGCUGAAGGCUGGAAAAGGUUUAACCAUCGUGGGCACUGUCAUCAGCGGAAACUUCCUUUACACUUACGGGGAAUCACUCGCUGCAGAACAGACACUGAAGCACCUGAUGGAGAAAGAGCGGGUGAAAGGAUUUGUGCAGUGUAUCGUGGCCCAGAAGCCUCGCGAAGGCAUCAGCCACAUGAUCCAGUCAAGCGGCCUGGGCGGCAUGCAGCCGAACACGGUGGUUAUGGGUUGGCCACACGCCUGGAGACAAAGUGAAGAUCCGCAAAGUUGGAAGACCUUCAUCAACACUGUGCGCUUGACGACCGCAGCCCACCUGGCUCUUCUAGUGCCCAAAAACAUCUCACUCUUUCCCACAAACAGUGAACCGUAUACAGAGGGUUACAUCGAUGUGUGGUGGAUCGUACAUGAUGGAGGCAUGCUCAUGCUCUUGCCUUUCCUCCUGCGGCAACACAAGGUUUGGCGUAAAUGCGGGAUGCGCAUCUUCACGGUGGCUCAGAUGGAAGAUAACUCCAUUCAGAUGAAAAAGGACCUGGCUACCUUCCUCUACCACCUGCGUAUAGAGGCUGAAGUCGAGGUUGUAGAGAUGCAUGACAGUGAUAUCAGUGCAUAUACAUAUGAAAGAACUCUGAUGAUGGAACAGCGAUCUCAGAUGCUCCGCCAGAUGCGCCUCUCCAAAUCAGACCGAGACAGAGAGGCACAGCUGGUAAAGGAUAGGAACUCAAUGCUGCGCCUGACAAGCAUCGGCUCGGACGACGACGACGACACAGACGGAGCUGGUGGGACAGAAAAAGUGGGCGGAGCCUCGGAAUACAGACGUGUCCACAUGACCUGGACUAAAGAUAAGGCCCUGGAAUUGCGUGCACAAGCACACUUUCCCUCCGGCUGCAGCACCCCUGAGGGCUUUAGAGACAUGCUCAGUAUUCGACCGGAUCAUUCCAACGUGCGGCGCAUGCACACGGCCGUGAAACUCAACGAGGUCAUCGUAAAUAAAUCUCACGAUGCCCGGCUGGUCCUGCUCAACAUGCCAGGACCACCCAGGAACCCAGAUGGUGAUGAAAACUAUAUGGAGUUUCUGGAGGUUCUGACCGAAGGCCUGGAGCGUGUCCUGUUGGUCAGGGGUGGAGGAAGUGAGGUCAUCACCAUUUAUUCUUGAUUGCCAUCGAAAGUAAUUUAACUGACGAUUAAAUGAACUGUUAAGCAGAAGGCGGCACGACUGAUGCAUCACCGGCUUUGUCUCAAUCAUGCUCCGCCUACUCCAUCAAGCCCCACUCACCAUCCACAUCAGGCUGUGCUCACCAGCACCAAUUCUUUAUUUCCAAUGGCUAUGAGUGUGUGUAGAAGCGCUAGGAUUCGAACCAACUGAAGAGCAGCGCACACACACACAAACACACAUUACACAUAUAUUAAACAGUGGGACAGUGAGUGUGUUCCAUGGAUUGACUCAGGGGUUGUUCUAGUAGAUGGACCUUGAAUGUGUGUUUGUGUGUGUGUGUGUGUGUGUGUGUGUGUGUGUGUGUGUGUGUGUGUGUGUGGUAUUGUUAGGACAGUUUUUUCUGUGUUCCAGCUUGAAUGAAUAUUGUGAAGGCAUUGUUUCAGCUUUGUGUUUGUAUUCGAUGUGGGAUGAAGGUGUGACAAUUCAGAGAUGAGUUUUUUCGAGCAAUAUGACGCAGGCAUCGUUGCACAUUUUGUCAGUGUUUCAGCAUGCUAUUUUAAUGUUGUUUAUUAAUGUGCUUGCAUGUUAUCGUGGAUGGACAAGAGAUCCAUUUUAGGGCCCUUUAAUUUUUAUUAUUAUUAUUAUAAUUAUUAUUUUCUUGAAAAAACUACAAUGUUUUGUCCAGAAUUUCCAAUAAAAUUCCUGCGCUCUUUUUUAUUCUGUCCCUAGUAGGAUGAUUGCUGAAAUGCUUGAGCCUGACUAGCAGGGAAACACACGCUGAAGACAUGUUUCAUUCUGGCCACUAGGUGUCACUAUUGGGUUGUUUUAAUGAGAUCGACACACUCGUAAAGAUUGUAUUUGUGCUCAUUGCUCUCCUUUUGACCUCCGUGAAGAUCAUCUGCUCCAAGCAGAGUUUUCGGAGUGUUUUAAAGCAAAACAUUGUUCUUUUGCAAAUAAUGUUUUUCAUGUGCAGAGAUGCCACACGUCUUUUUUUCUCUUUUACUUUCAACAUUUACAUUGCAUUCAUAUUUCAGAAUAAAAUGGUUGAUGAGACGGAAAUAAACUGAUUUUGAAAGAAA